AUGCAAAUUAAUAGUGACUACAUCAAUGCGAAAUCAGCGCAUCUAGCGUCUCACGAUGUCGUGGAGAACGGUCUUGCAGCCGGUCAGGACGGCCACAGCAGUGGUGCCGCUGCUCAAAGCAGUCCUGCAAACCCAGCCGUGGCAGAUUGUGAAGAGCCCUUGGUGAAAAUAGAGGUCAACUCGUCACCAGGUGUCGGGGACUUCAAUCAACAAACGGCUUUCAGUCUUCCUCUGGAUCUCAAUUAUCCACUGCUCAACGCGACAGACAUAAAAAGUUCUUUGUGGACGUAUUCAGACUUUCCGGACAGCGUUCAGAAAACAACGUCGAGUCCGUCAACGAGUUCGGAGAAAUCGCUCCCCUCUUUCCAGGACUCGACCUCCUAUACAGCAUAUACGAGUAUGCAAGGUUCAACAUAUAGCUCGAAUUCGGCUAGCAGCGGAUAUCCUCCGACUCAUGGCAAUGGCUUCUACGGGAACGCUGUCCAUUCGGGAUACUCAACGAAUAUUUCGCUCGGAGCUCCCUACACUCUUGAAUUUCGGAUUGAUUUCGCAGGAACUAAACAUCCGACAACAUCAUCGUACUUGAGCCAUUACCCGACCGCGUUCAGCUCCCCGCAGGGCUCGACAUCGACGAGUCCACAGACUGCUCCGUCGCAAUCAGCUGCAGUUUACUCAUCUUACACGUCGUUUCCAGCGACGAGUCCUAGUCAGGGUUUUCCGCAGCCUGGACCUCUCGACUACAGUCCGUACGGAUAUGGUAAUUAUUACUAUGGAUCCGCAGCGAGUCAAAGCUAUCCGGGCAGCGGGUAUGCCUCCGCUCUCAGUCAACUCACUCAGGGCACCCCUUCCACCGCAACACCCGCCUAUCCUGCAGCAAUCACUCCGACGGACUUGACUUACGGUAUGUCGGGUGAGAGCAGCCCCCCUUCGCCUCUCAUGUUCAAACGAAACCGUUCGAGUAAGCGAAGCAGAAAGAACAAUUUGCCAACACACUCGAUAAGUCUCAGCCCUGAACCGGAACAACCGAUGGACCGGGUCUUCAUCUGGGAUCUCGAUGAGGCGGUCGUCAUGCUGAACGCUCUCUUAAAUGGAAAAUUCACUCCCAAUGAUAGAAAGGAUGUGGGCCUGACCAAGCAGUACGCAACCAAACUGCAGCAUUUGAUGUAUUUCGUUGCCGAUGCUCAUCUUCACUAUCGGGAGCUGGAAGAAUGUGAUCAAGUGAACGUCGAUGAUGUCUCUAGCGACGAGCAGCUUGCGCUACAGCAACAAGAUCCGAAUAAUUCCUUGAUCCCUCUCGUUGGGGGUCUCUGCCUCAACGGAACUCGUCCGGCUGGGAUCGAAUGGAUGCGGAAAUUGGCCAAUCGAUAUCAAAGAAUCCGAGAAGUGUACAAGCAGUAUGCUGGCAAUGUCGGGGAGCUAUUGAACGGAUCCGAAGGCGGCGUAGAAGAAUGGCUAAAACUCCGACAGAAACUUGAAGAUGCUACCGACAAGUGGCUAACCCACGCACAGAUGUGCAUAGAUCUCAUUAAUCGGAGGUCCAAGUGUAUCAACGUACUAGUCUCAUCGAAUCAAUUGGUUGUCACACUUUCGAAGGUUCUCAUCUUCGGACUUGGCGAACUUUUUCCUAUCGAGAACGUAUAUUCCGCUCACAAAAUCAGCAAAGAGAGCUGCUUUGAGAGGGUAUUGACGAAAUUCGGAAAAAAGUGUACCUAUGUCGUCAUUGGCUCCUCAGACGACGACGAAAGAUCAUGCAAAGCGCUGAGCAUCCCUUUCUGGCCGGUCGCGAGACGCUCUGACCUUGAGACACUGUACUACACUCUCGACGUUGGACAUCUCUAGGGCACAUGGCCUCGAACUCAACUAUGCUGCGCCGUCGCACCACGCUGGCUAAGCAGAAAAUUUCGAGGAAAGUCGGGGCUAUCUCUGCUAGCCUUGUCGGUCGGUACAUCGACAGGCAAGCAAGCUAGCAGGCAGACUUGGCCGGCAGUCAGUGUAAAUAAUGAAUCCAAAAGGCGUUCGGGGAGUCACAGCGUCCCUUACCGCGAGAUAAUGCUCCCAUGAGGUGACAAACCUUUCCCUCCGCGGAGGGAAAUAUCCUAGAGAAAAUUACAAUAGUGACAUUGGGAAAGAGAUUCAGAAGAUAUAGAAGGGAGGAGCCGCUCAACUACAAGGGUCGUCUGGAAUGAUUGUCGAUGCGGACCUCGGA